AUGGAGGAAGUCAACCGGGCCCGAAUCAGCAGCGGCAUCUUCGGUGCUGGACAGGGCAAUCUGGGCGCGAGCACGCACAGUCUAGGUGCCGACUCAACCGCCGGGUUAACAGCCCACGUCGCGCCUCCCGCCGGUGUUGAAGAUGUUCCAGCCAUUGCACCGGCGGCUGGUGCUUCUGGGCAAGGAAGUGCGGGGAAUGCGGGGUAUACGGGGCAAGGGAGUGCGACCGAGCAAAUAGCCACGGCUCCAGCUCAGCCAAAGCCCCCCUUGUACAAGAGGCGAUGGUUCAUCAUUACGAACAUCGUACUGUCUCUCCUGGGAAUUGCUCUGCUCUUUAUUUUACUGUUCCCAGUGGUUGCGGCAAUCGCCCAGCACGUCGUGAACGUAUCGGUAUUGAACAUUGACAAAGCCGCUAUCCAGGAACCCCAGAACACCUCCUUCACAUUAGCUCUGGAAGGAGUCGUGACGCACACGGGUAUUUUCAACGCGAAAAUCGACUUCACCAAGCCGAUCGACGUGACAUGGUUAGAUGGAGGCAACGAGGUUCCGCUUGGUUCGAUGACUAUGUCGGGUCUCUCGGCGAAGUCAAAGCGAGCCUACAUUAACCAGACCACGACCUUCAAUAUCUCAGAUGAGGAUGCAUUUGGUAAAUUCGCGGGCGCGAUGAUCACGCGAGAGAAUUUCACCUGGCGGCUCGAGAGCCACGAUCUGAAGGUGCAGGCUCUGAAGUUCCCGGUGUCGCAUGGGAUUAAAUUCAAGAAGGAGAUCACUCUAGCCGGCAUGAAUAACUUCAGCGACAAUGUUAUUCUGAAAGACCUUGAGCUGCCGAGCGACAAUCCGAAAGGCGGUAUCAACUUCGCCACGGAUACCGUUUUGUCGAAUCCAAGUCCGUUCGAGCUCACGCUUGGAACUAUAGUUUUUGAUCUGUACUAUCAAGACGUAUACUUAGGCGAGGGAACUGGCUAUAAUGUGGAAAUGACUCCCGGGGACAAUAACAUCAGACUGACCGGCACCCUGAUUCCUCACAACGAAACGAACGAGUUGAACGUGGUCUCCCAGCUCUUCACGAACUACCUCAACGGAGAGGCAUCUCCAGUCAUUGCAGUUGGACACACGGAUAUAAUGACCAAUGGCGCGCCCAUCUCCUGGCUUACUGCUGGGUUGAGAAAUUUGCAGUUGACAGUGCCAUUCAAGUCCGCUAGCGGUGCCAUUUCUCCGAUAAAGGCCAUCGACAUCGGUACUUUCGCCCUAGCGUUUACUAAAGAUACCUCGUGGAGCCCUCUUGCUAACAGCAAUUCGGUGAAAGCCUCCAUGGAGCUGCCUUUCGGCUUUGAUCUUUCGAUCGGAGAAAUCCAGAAUACGUUCAACAUCACGAAGAACGAUUCUGUUGUGGCUGGACUGUCGACGCCCUUGGGAGCGUCGACUUCGGCCAUUAACGUUGUCAAUAGCUCGUUCACUCAAGGUUACAUCAACAUCAGCAUCCAGGACACGCACAUGGAAUGUCCUGACCCAAGCCACCCUGUCUUCUCCCAAUUCAACGCCGAUCUGACCGACCUCUACAGCUCCGACUUCUUCCUGGUUGGGCAUGCUCGUGCGGUUGCUAAUAUGAGCGUCGGACAACUUACGCUCGAUCCGAUCAAGUUCAAUGUCUCCUCGGGUCUGCUCGGCUUGCAAGGUCUGAAAGGAUCGACGGUCAUCAACUCAGUGGAUGUGCUGGGAGGUACUCAGGACUACAUCUCCCUUGGAAUCAAUGUUUCGAUUCACAACCCUUCGAAUUUGGUUCUCAAUACUGGCGACUUGACGUUGCAAUUAUUCCGGGACGGUGGCAUGGUCGGCACGACUUUGUUACCGAAUCUUACACUUCAAAUGGGUGACAACAACAUAACUGCCCAGGGUGCUUUCCAGCCCAAUAAGAACUCUCAAGGAUCACAGACCUUGAAUGACUUCGUUGGCAAGAAAGAUGUCCGUCUUCAGAUUGCCGGAUUCCAAGAGAGCACGCAGGUGCAAUCCCUUCUCCAAGCCUUCCAGACCCUCAAUAUCGAUACCACACUUCCUGGGCUCCAAACCAACCUUUUGGAGUCUGCCGCUCUGAAAGUUCUCAAUUCUACUGGUCGUGACAAUAAUAUCUCGCAUGUUACCGUUAACCUUGCCAACCCAUUCACUGCGGGCCUCGACAUAACUCAAAUCAAAUCAUCAGUGUCGUCGUAUGGUAUCAACUUGGGUAGUAUCCAGACUUCCACAAAUUUCUCGUCGCCCGGCCAUACGACUACAACCUCGCCUUCACUCGACUUAAAUAUGAAUCUGGAUCCCCCAGCCAUAUUCACUCUGACGCGGGCGCUCGCGGUUGAUGCCGGGUUGAGUACCGAGCAAUUGGACGGAAUCGUCGAAUUGGGAGGCUAUCAGUAUGUCCAGACGUCGCCGGAAGCUCCGGCUUCCAACUCGUCAUCUCGUCGUGACAAUAUUUAUACGAACUUUAGCCUGCCCACUUUCGUGGAUGCGGCAUUCAAACAAUUGCGCUCCGAUGUUGAAUUGACGUCCGUUGUCAAUAUAGGCGACUAUCAGACGACCCUCCAAUACACCCAAAAAGGCGUCCCGACUGUCACUGAUGAGAGCCUGAAUCUGUUGUUGCCCAUCUUAGCGCAACCCAUAGUACAGAAGCUUGUCACACAGUCCCUCUUGGGCAUCGAUACGGUACUCAUCACUGACCCGAAGCAAAAUUCAUUUGAGACGAAAUUGAGUGGAUCCAUUACAAACGCCGGGCCGUUCGACGCGAACAUUGUCUUCGGCUCAGGACUCACAGUGUCGUGGUCCGGAAAGCCCUUGGGUUCAAUGAAGAUGCCAGACGUCAAGUUAACUGGAAACGUCGGGGCUCAACUGGACUUGGAUGCAACCUUUGAAGUCGCGGAUGUGGAUCAUCUCUCGGACUUCACGAAGGUCCUCCUGACUGAAGAGUCCUUUGACUGGGAAAUUGCCGGGGAAAAUUUGACUGUCUCUGCUAUUGGCAUCGACGUGCCUGGAAUCAACCUCACGGCCAAGAAAGUGACGUUGAAGGGCUUCAAUGGUCUGAAGAACGGUGUCAUUAUUGAUUCAUUCGAUCUACCCACGAAUGAUCCUGCUGGCGGUAUUCACCUUACUGUCAAUUCUAGUGUUUCUAAUCCUUCACAAGUCGGCAUCCAACUCGAUUCGAUCGGGUUUGAUACAUAUUUCGGGAACACGAUGUUGGGACCCGUCGCUGCGAAUAGUCAAUUUACUUUGGCGGCGCAGUCGACCAGUUCCUUGGGCUUAUCUGGCAGACUCGUACCACAGACUACGUCGGAGGGUCUUCAAGAUGUUUCCACUGUCUUCAAUAAUUUCAUUCACGGGAGGGACAGUCCCAUCGUCAUCCAGGGCGACAGCGCAGGGCCGAGCGGCGUGAGCCAUCACACCUUUGUCGAAGUUGGCCCUAACUCACAUUCCACUCAGGUAACUUGGCUGAAUGAAGGCAUAAAGAGCUUACAGGUCGCUUCCGUUCUUCCCAAUCAAGGCGACCUUGAAAUCAUCAAGUCUAUCACUUUGAACCAGAUGACGCUGCUAUUCAGCACGGAUGACGCUUAUGCUCCUACGUCUGGCAGUAACUCCACCGACGCUGCAUUCCAGAUACCGUUCGGAUUCCCGAUUGACAUUACCGCACUGGAACAGAAUAUAACGGUGGGAUAUCAAGGGCAGGAUUUUGCAGAAUUGGUCAUUCCAAAGGGCCCAAGCACUACAAACGUUCAGACGCGCGUCAUCCAUCUGGGUUUUCAAAAUGUUUCCUUUGCCGCCUUUGAUAGUCAGCACGAGACCUUCAACGAAUUCGUUGCUUCCACGACCACUUCACAAACCCAGACCAUGCGAUUAUCUGGCAAUGCGAAUACCGACGCCGAGACCGCCGUUGGGCUGCUAUCGCUCACCGGUAUCAGCUUCGCUGUAGACACGUCGCUGGCAGGGUUACAGGGUCUAAGCACAAGACCCACGGUGGUCGAGAGUCUCGACGUGAACCAUGGCUAUCCUGAUUAUUUGCUCAUCAAGACCACCGCAUCCCUGUUCAAUCCGAGUAACUUGACAAUUGGAACCGGCGACGUCUCAUUCUCUUUGAUAUUCGAAAAUGCAAAUGUGGGGACUGCCGAUGUGAGCGACAUGACCAUUAUACCAGGGAAUGCAACGUACGCCAUAGACGUGCACUACGCGCCUCAAGGUGACUCUGUCAGUGCCGGACAGCACCUUCUGGAGAACUAUAUCCAGGGCGUCGAAUCCAGCACAUCUAUCCAAGGCUCUAUGGAUUCCACGUCCAUCGAUUCACUUAAACUUGCGUUAUCGGGAAUUCUUCUUUCUCCUGUCAAUAUACCCGCUUUGCACCAGACAUUGAUCACCAGCACGUCCCUCACUUUCCCGAGGGACAUCGCUCAGACGGGUAUCGCCACCGCAUCCUUCACGUUGGCUAAUCCAUUCACGGCCAGUAUAAACCUGUUGGAGGUCACUGCAUCGGCUGUUUAUCGCGACCUCACAUUGGGCCUUAUCGAUCAUGUCGAUGUGUCUUCAUCACCUAUACAUGCCGACGGGCAUUCCAAUGUUACGUCACCAUCACUUCCGUUCAAGUUCGACCUUGACCCAGCCAACAUCAUCCGAUUGUUGCUGUAUCGUUCUCAAGAUGCCGGUGUGAGCUUGGGGCCAUUACCGGACCUCUUCCAGAUAGUCCUGAAUAAUCCGGACAAUCAUUCAUCCAUCAAUGCCACAGUCGACCCCAACUCUUCUACUUGCGUCAGCGGGUCACAGUUCGACGUAGAUGGCGCAGUUCUGAAUGCACUGAAGGGUAUGCAAGUGAAUCUCGCUGUGGAAAGUUCCUUCAAAAUCGACGACUUUACCACCGACCUGUCAUUCAACCAGUCGAACGUGCCAGCGAUCACUGAUGCUACGGCCUUGUACCUGAUCGGCGUCGUAGCCCCUCCGAUCACUCAAGGCUUAGUGGACAAUGCUAAGUUAGCAUUCAGCGAGGCCAACAUAACUAAUCUAUCAGACGACGGCUUCGAUUUAUCCUUGAAAGGUUCCCUGACGGACAUAGGACCACUAGAUGCGCUCAUCACCUUUACCGAGCCAGUGACUGUUUCGUGGGAAGGUCGCGAUAUCGCAACCAUUUCCUUGCAACCCAUAUGCGGGGCUGCGAACACGGGUGUCUCAGACUACGAGACCAAUGCCCACCUUACUAUCACGGAUCAGUCCACGUUCACUACUUUCGCCACUCAACUCUUGCACACGGAGAGUUUCGAGUGGACUAUAUCAACGGACAAGCUCCGCGUCACGGCCCUUGGCACGAUUUUUGACAACGUGUCUUUAUCGAAGACAGUGUCCUUCAAGGCCUUCAAUAAUCUACCUGGUGUCACCAUUAGCAACUUCAAUCUGCCUAGCGAUGAUCCCGCCGGUGGUAUUCACAUUGAGACUGACUCAAUGAUACCUUCACCUUCCAACUUAGGCAUCGAUUUAGGAACGGUUGGAUUCCAAGCAUACUUCGGAAACGAUACUUUGAUUGGUCCCCUCUCGGGAAGCAAUUUGUAUUUAGCACCACAAACCACUACUACAACCCAUCUCUCAGGUCGUAUCAUUCCCCAAAGUGGCUCUGACUUGGAUGCCAUCGGCGAACUGUUCUCGCACUUCUUAGCGGGCGACAACCAAACCCUGAGUGUGAGGGGCGAGUCCGUGCAGCCUUCUGGUUCCAGCCAGCCAGUCGGGUGGCUCAGUCAGGCUUUCAAGACACUUGAACUCCAGGUGAUCCUGCCCGGCAAGAAGUACACGAUUAUUGAGUCUAUUGCGCUGCAUGACUUUGGGAUAGUAAUGACCGAGGACGAUCAGACAUGGAGUCCUCUUGCAAGCUCGAACUCUACCGUUGCGCAGUACAAGAAUCCUUUCGGCUUCUCCUUGCAAGUCGUCCAAUCUGCGGAAGAUAUCAUGCUGAGUUCAGGGGGAACCCAUGUUGCUGAGCUCAACCUUCCGAGAGCCGAUACUCCAAGCGGUGUCUCCACUGGCAAUCUAGUAGAUCUUGACAUAUCGUUUCAUGAUCAGCAAUUCAAGUCGCUUGACAACGGUGCUUUCCAAGCAUUAUUUGCGCAAGUGACGGAUCAGUCGUCUGCGUCAUUCACCCUGGAAGGCACUGCAAAUGUGGUCGCACGGACAACGAUAGGUGAUAUCCCCAUUUCGGGCAUCCCAUUCAAUGUCCCGUCUUCUUUGGAAGGCAUCAAUGGCUUCGGCCACCAAGCCUCCUUGAGUAAUGUCUCUAUAACUGGUAGUGGCGGCGAUGGAGGAAACCAAUAUAUCAAAUCACCCCUCACGACGACCCUGCAAAACCCAUCGAAUGUUUCCCUCCAGACAGUGAAUAUCGCCCUUCCGGUCUCCUACAAGGGCGUGUCGCUAGGUCGUGCCUAUAUUUCGCCAUUUAAUCUUUUACCCGGUGAAAAUGUUGUUCCUACUGAGUUCAGAUACGAGCCAAACGACGCGAAUGACACUGUCGCACAGAGUUUCUUGAGCGACUUCCUCCAAACCGGUGACACUCUGCCACUAUCCAUCAAAGGAGACUCAAGCAGUACUCCAUUUGGGUCUUUGCAAUCUGCGCUCGAGGGACUCGAGAUUAGCACGAGUCUGAAAGGAUUGAAUGUGCCGCCCAUCAUCACACACAUCAACGUCUACAUUGGCCUGUCUACCCUAUUCGAUAACAUAGUGGAUAUCAACUUCGAUGUCAGCAACCCUCUGGAUACACCCCUCGUCAUCGAAUUCGUCCAGGACGACUCUGGUGUGAACGGUGACAUCUACGCACACUUCGACCAAGCCUUUGACAGCUUCGUGGUGCCGCCGCACAGCACUGCCAAUAGCGGGACGUUUGGUAAUGUUGUCCUGGUCAAGGGUGCCCUUGCAUCACUAGGCAUUAUUCCUCUGGGAUACCUGGAUGUGUUCUCCGUCGCCACAACUCUGGUCGGAGAGGGCGGCUAUAGGAUCCCCUGGCUGCACUUGACGCAAAAGAACGUCCCCACCACCUACAACCUCGCUCUCAGCUUGGACGCGCUUCAGGCAGCUGCCAAGUCUAUCGCAGUGAGCGGUACCGCAGGCUCUGCGAAUCACUCUAGCACUGUAGUAUCCGGAUCGAUGUCGGCGUCGUCGCUUACUGGCGGCAACGUCACCUCGGCCUCCAAGUCCGGCGGAUCUGCGUCUGCGUCUCCCUCGCAAACAGCGGAUUCGUCGAGUGCGCCGCAGUCUUCAGCGAGCGCGGUUGCAUCUCCGUCGCAGUCCCCUGCGACACAAGCGAAGCCAUCCCCCGCGGAGUCUCCUUCGAAUGCCCCGUCCCCGACUCCCCAACCAUCCUCCUCCCAGGGAGGCAAUCUUUCCCCUACGCUCUCGCCGUCGAAAAGCGACGACACCCAGAGCGCACGAUAGCCAGACGACCUCGUCCCUUUGAAUGGACAUGUACUUAUACCCUCCUCUCCAGCGUGACCAGUGCAGUUCGCUUCUCUCGAGUUGAUGCUGGGAUUGUAUUGUUACCCUUCACUUACCACAAUGUCUGCACGAAUAGCUACUCCAUACGCACGCCUCCAGCCUUGUAGCGAUCGAAUUCCAUCUGCUAUCGGUGUUUCCAACGUCUCUUGACGGAUCCUCGAUUUGACUGUAAUGAUCUGGCAUCAGUCGACCUACAAUGCGGGCAUCGAGAGGGAAAUGGAGUAGAGUCCUGGUCUGGGCAAGAAACAUUGUUAAAUCUAGGUUGUCAUACGUCGGCGCAUUGCAGUGGACUUCUGUAUGUCUCACAGGGCAGUUGGGGAGCGGGG